AUGGGACGCCUCUCCCCUGAAAAGUUCAAGUCAAUGUAUUGCUUUGGGCAUACAUUGCAAUUCGUAGUGAAUGACGCUGUAGAAGCAUUUCCAGAAUUUCGCAGUGUCAUUAAAAUUGUAAAAGUAAUUGUCAAUCACUUUCACAAAAGUGCCAAGGAUUCACAUGAGCUAACUGAAAUACAAAAGAAAUUGAACAUUAAGCAGCAUAAACUGAAAAAUGAAAGUCCACCGCGAUGGAAUUCAUUGUAUUACCUGAUGGAUAGAAUUGUUGAACAGCGGGAGGCUAUAACUGUUGUUUUGGCCUCAAAUGGCAAAGUUAACAACCAGCAAAAUCACGAGUGGAAGACUGCAGAGAGUUAUGUGAAAGUUCUCAAGCCCUUUGAAAAUGUGACUUCCAUGAUGUCAGCCUCCAGAUUUCCUACUUUGUCUAUGGUUAUUCCUGUAUUAGGUGUCCUAAAACAGCAAAUGGAUGAAAGUGAAAUGAAUGACUUUGGGGAACAAAUUUGUGAAAACAUAAAGGAACGAUGGCCUGACUAUGAAAGUAAUCUUGAUUUAGCUAUUCCUGCUCUUUUGAAUCCCAGGUUCAAAGAAUAUGCCUUUACCAAUGAUGAAGCUAAGGAAUCUGCAGUACAGGCAGUAAUUGAUUUGAUGUAUGGUAAUAGUGUCGGCACUGUUGAAUUAGAGUCUCGGAUAAGUCGUUUGGACAAUCUUCCACUCAAGCAGCUUCCACAAGCUCUGAAACAGCCUCUGUAA